AUGCAGGAACAUGGAAACUGGGGCAGCCAGCGGCUAAGUAACUUGCCUCACUCCGAGUUCGGAUCCGAGCCCGUGCAGUCUGGCCCCGCCGGGUGCCAGAUCCCCUCCCAGAGAGGACCCAGUGAAUGCACGCGCGGUAUCCCCACCAGGGAAGUUCCCCCCGGGCUCCCUGCCCCCGAGGGCGCCGGCGGCUGGGCCGGGCUUUCCGCACGGGGGCGCUGUGGGCACGUGCUGCGGGCUCCGGGCCGUGAGCCCGGGAGUGCAAGUUCCGUCGCGGCGGACACCAGGGGUCCCCAGGCUGGGACGCGCGUGCGGCCGCGGAGGAGUGCUCGGGAUGGGCAGCAGGGGCGGGGAGGACAGUGGGGAGCCACCGUGAGGAACACCGUGCGGGACAACGACAGCGCGCGGCCGCGACCCUCGUGGCUGGCCUGCACGCUGGCCUUCGUCCUCAUCUUCACCAUCACCGUGGACGUCCUAGGCAAUUAAUUGAUCAUUUUUAAGGAAUUCCAGAACAAAAGUUGUAAUACAGGAAAUAUAUUUGUGGUGAGCCUAGCAGUUGCAGUGGUGGUGGCCGUUUAUCCAUACCCCUUAGUGCUGACAUCGAUAUUUCACAGUGGAUGGAACCUGGGAUAUCUGCACUGCCAAAUUAGUGCUUUCCUCAUGGGCUUGAGUGUCACUGGCUUGAUAAUCAGUAUUACUGGGAUUGCCAUUAACCGCUACUGCUAUAUCUGCCACAGUCUCAAGUAUGACCGACUGUACAGUACCAAGAAUUCCCUCUGCUAUGUGUUCCUGAUAUGGAUACUGACUCUUGUGGCGAACGUACCCAACUUGCGCAUCAGAACACUCCAGUAUGACCCACGGAUCUAUUCCUGUUCAUUCACACAGUCUAUCAGUUCAGCAUACACAAUAGCUGUGGUGGUUUUCCAUUUCAUACUUCCUAUGAUCACAGUCAUCUUCUGUUACCUAAGAAUAUGGAUCCUGCUUCUUCAGGUCAGAUGGAGGGUGAAACCUGACAACAAACCCAGACUGAAACCACAGGACUUCAGGAAUUUUGUCACCAUGUUUAUAGUUUUCGUACUUUUUGCUAUUUACUGGGCUCCUCUAAACUUCAUUGGUCUUGCUGUGGCCUCAGACCCUGCCAGCAUGGUACCCAGGAUCCCGGAGUGGCUGUUUGUGGCUAGUUACUACAUGGCAUAUUUCAACAGCUGCCUCAAUGCAAUUAUAUAUGGACUACUGAAACAAAAUUUCAGACAGGAAUACAGAAGAAUUAUAGUCUCACUGUGUACAGCCAAGAUGUUCUUUGUGGACAGUUCUAAUGAUGUAGCAGACAGGACUAAAUGCAAACCCUCUCCACUGAUGACCAACAAUAAUCUAAUAAAAGUGGACUCUGUUUAA